AUGUCGCAUAACCCGUAUGCCAGAUUUUUUAAAUCUCUGAGGGAUAUUAAUGUCUCGACUGAAACUGUGAUUACCCUCAACAAAUACCCUACUUUGGAUCAGCGGGUGUACAAUGCUCCGACAUCUGACGAGGUGGCUGCUAUAUGGACUGAUGCCAGUGCAUCCCAUGAACAAAGUACUCCUCACAUCACAGUGUACGGGAAAUCUACUGAGAGCCACCGUAUAAUGCAUUAUUAUGGCUGCUAUGACCCUCUGCAGUACCCUUUAUUAUUCCCUCGUGGUGAUUGUGGUUGGCACCAUGGCCUUCUAAAAAUGUCUUCUUGUGGGCAGAUUCAUGAUCAGAGCUUUGUAGCCACAGUCGCUGCAGAUGGGGAUGAUGAUGCUGCUGCUGCUGCAUUGCUGCAAGGAGAUGAUCCAUCUGCUACUAAUGGCAAACGGGGUAGGUUUAUUUCUGCUAGGGAGUAUUAUGCCUAUCGUUUCCAAAUACGGAUUGAAAUCAAAGCAGGACUUGCUCCCGGUGAAAAGGCUCAAGACCGGCCUGAUUUAGUUGCGCGUGUUUUCAGGGCAAAACUUAUUGCACUGAAAAAGAAGAUUACAGAAGAAAAUGUCUUUGGUGAAGUGGCCACUUUCAUUUAUGUUGUGGAGUUUCAGAAGCGUGGCCUUCCACAUGUACAUAUGCUGAUUAUACUGAAACAAGGGUAUAAAAUCAAGGAACCAGCCUUGUAUGACAAGUUUACUUGUGCUGAGAUUCCUAGCAGUGACAACCCUCACUUGCGUAAAAUUGUUCUUCGCCAUAUGAUGCAUGGCCCUUGUGGUAAGGACGAUCCUAGCCGCUCCUGCAUGAACAAGAAAGGGUUUGAAGGAAAGUGUAAAUAUGGUUACCCAAAAGCAUACAACGACACAACCACCAACAAUGAUAGUGGUUACCCUGCUUACCGCAGGCGCUUUACUGGUGAGUCUAUUCGAAUUAGGGGGAGAAGGCUAGACAACCAAUGGGUGAUCCCCUACAAUCCUUACUUGUCAGCGCUCUUUGAUUGCCAUCUUAAUGUGGAGAUUUGCUUCAUAAUUCAAGCUGUGAAGUAUUUGUAUAAAUAUGUCUACAAAGGGCAUGAUAGAUGUUCUUUCAGUGUAACAGAAACAAGCGUGAGGCAACCUGUUAAUGAGAUUAAACAAUUUCAGUCAGGUCGUUGGGUCUCUCCUUGUGAAGCUGCUUGGAGGAUCUUUUCAUUUGAUCUUUAUGAGAUGCAUCCGCCUGUACUGUUGCUGCAGGUGCACUUGCCAAACCAUCAUUCUGUUAGGUUUAAUGCUAUUGACCAACUAGAGGAUGUAGUUGCUGACAGUAGAAGGGCCAGAACGUCGUUAACUGAGUUUUUCAAAAUGAAUGCUGCAUUUCAAGACAAGCCAAAAUAUCUGUAUUCUGAAUUUUCUGAACAUAAUGUGUGGCAUCCUUCUUCUAAGACAUGGACAGAACGUUCCUUUGGUGUUGUCGUUAGCAGAUUAGCCUUUGUUUCUCCAUCUGAAGGGGAGAGAUAUUUUCUCCGUCUUCUCUUAACGCAUGUAAGGGGUCCCACAUCAUUUGAAGACCUGCGUACUGUUAAUGGGUUUCUCUGUGCUACAUUCCAAGAAGCUGCUGUUAAGUUGGGUCUACUUAGUGAAGAUGAUGCUGUGGAAAAGUGUAUGGAUGAAGCUGCUACUGCACAAAUGCCACGGGCACUACGAAGGCUAUUUGAACACUGCUUAUUUUUGGUAAUCCGCGUGAUCCUUUAG